AGAAGUGCGAGAGGUGUGAGGCAAAACAAGAGAGAGUUUGGUGAGUGCAUUUGAGAGAAGAAAAUUGUGAGGAAAAAUCAUAGGAUUUUUCAUCUCUCUUAAAAUAGUAGCUCAGUCCUCUUGUGUUUUCCAAGUUAUUAAACUUGAGAUUUGUGUUUCCCCUAUUUUGUGUAGGGAGAAUUUUGUAAGCCUACUAUAUACAUAGUGGAAGAUUUCUAGACUACGGUCUCGUGGUUUUUCCCAAUUUGGGUUUUCCACGUAAAAAUUCUUGUCUCAUAUUUUCUUAUAUUUUGCACCAAAUAUUUUUCUUGGUUUGGAUCCCAUUUUCUAAUCCAGCAAGAGGGAAAAGAAUUAUCCUGGUUCCGCUGUGCAAGUGUCAUUUAUUUGGACACUCGUGAAUAUUUAUUCACCACUUUUCCCAACAAGUGGUAUCAGAGCCACUUUGGUUCUGAGGCGGAUUAAAAAUGGAGGAAUCGUCGUCGCUUGGUGGUAUGUUCAAAUUGAACGGAUCAAAUUACUCAAUUUGGAAGCCGAGCAUGUUGGAUCUUCUCUAUUGUAAGGAUCUCUAUUUACCCUUACAUGGAGAUGAUGCCAAACCAAAGGAUAUGAGUGAUGAUGAAUGGCUCAUCAUGCACAGGAAAAUAGUUGGUUACGUCCGGCGCUUCAUUGAACACAGUAUUUUUCAUCAUUUUGCUAAUGAGGAAAAAGCUGACGUUCUUUGGAAGAAAAUGGAAGCUAUGUUUGAAAGAAAAAAUGCUUUAAACAAAGCUUCCAUCAUCAGAAAAAUCGUUCGCUUGCGAUAUGCGGAGGGUGCCAACAUGACGGAGCACCUCAAUGCAUACCAGGGUCUUAUCAACCAAUCCACCAACAUGAAGAUUUCUCUUGAUGAUGAAGUCGUAGCUUUAUUGCUACUCAGUUCGUUGCCGGACAGUUGGGACACUCUUGUAGUGUCAAUCAGCAACUCGGCUCCAGGUGGAGCACUGACCUUGCAGAUGGUCAAAGAUUGUCUUCUUAAUGAAGAAUCCAGAAGAAAAGAUCAAGAACGUUCUUCUGAGACAAAGGCGAUGAUUGCC